UAUGAAAGGCGCAGCCCGGGGAAAGUCCGGGCAGAACCCCGAGCGGCGGCCAGACCACCCUCCUCCUAAUAAUACACCUACUUCCCCAGCCGCCCGGCAUGAGCCACGGGAAGAGAACCGACAUGCUCCCAGAGAUCGCCGCCGCCGUGGGCUUCCUCUCCAGUCUCCUGAGGACGCGGGGCUGUGUGAGCGAGCAGAGACUCAAGGUGUUCAGCAGGGCGCUCCAGGACGCACUGACCGAUCAUUACAAACACCACUGGUUUCCAGAGAAACCAUCCAAAGGCUCUGGCUACCGCUGCAUCCGCAUCAACCACAAGAUGGACCCCAUCAUUAGCAAGGUGGCCAGCCAGAUUGGACUCAGCCAGCCCCAGCUCCACCGGCUGCUGCCCAGUGAGCUGACCCUGUGGGUUGAUCCCUAUGAGGUGUCCUACCGCAUCGGAGAGGAUGGUUCCAUCUGUGUCCUGUACGAGGAGGCCCCGGUGGCUGCCUCCUAUGGGCUCCUCACUUGCAAGAAGCAAAUGAUGCUGGGCAGGAGCAGCCCCUCGAAGAACUAUGUGAUGGCUGUCUCCAGCUAAAGAAGAGCCACCCUACCCUGGCACUCUACUGUACUCAAGCUGCCGUGACAACAGGCCACCGUAUACCUCAACCUGGGGAACUGUGUUUUUAAAUGAAGAGCUAUUUAUACAUGCUAUUUUUUUUUUUUUUUAAGAAAAGAGGAGAAAAAAAAACCAAAAGAUUUUUUUUUUAAAGAAAAAAAAAUCCUUAAAGGGAGCUGCUUGGAAGUGGCCUCCCCAGGUGCCUUUGGAAAGAACUGUUAUUGAGUCCAUGAGCCAGUGUUUGCCUAGGGGAGUGGUUUGGGGAUUGGCCUAGCCAAGGUAAAGGGGGAUUCAAGGCUGAUCCCCCGGAGGUGGGAAAAGGGAGCAACUGUGAAUGAGAGGGGUCAAGAUCUGCCCUGGGUUACUGUCCCAGCCGGGAUGCCUGUAUGCCUGGUUCCUCUCUCACUCAGGGGCAGUUAAGCCUGGUCUCAAAUAAUACUACAUUGCCUAAUCUCCUUUUGUUUUUCUGAUGAGAUCCUGGGUAGAGUGAAAGACCUCUCCUUGUUCCUUCUGUUCUAAGCAGGUUUUCUUGGAAUCUUGUCUCACUUCUGAUUCUACCCUCAGGGGCCUGGAAAGCUUGUUCCCCAGCCAGGAAUCUAUGCGGACAUUUUUGGAGGGUGGGAUGUAAGGCAGAUGUGCAAAGACUUUGGGUGUAGAUGGAGGGGAACCGCACAAAACCUUUGCUCUGCGCUGCGCUGCUUUGUAUGGAUGGAUGGCGAAUAAUUUAGGGGUGAUUUGCAAUGGAAUUUUGGGACCCAAAGAGGGGUCGUUUUCCCCCCCUCCCUUUUCCUAAACCCUCCUUUUGGGAACCACAUGAAAGUCCGAAUGCUGCUACCAUUAUUCCUUUAGAGGUGGCUCAAAGCUCCAGGGAACUCCAGGUCCUUUCUUAACUGCCUUCUCUUCAAGACUCCCGUUCCUCCUUCCCCUCUUUGGUGUGGUUGGGUCCUGGAAGGCCCUAUUUCCUAGGACAAGAGUUCUCAAUCACUGUGCAAUAGUCCCAGGAAACUCUGAGACUGGGCCUCCCAGCCCCUCCUGGUGCACUGGUGGGUUUUAGAGACCUGCUUUUCCUGUUCUCCUAGGGGUUCUGGCUGGCUGGUGGGCCUUGCAGAGAUCUUCCUGAGCUGCAGAGAGAGUGCCUGUGCACUGCAGGCCUACCUGAUACUCUGGUAGGGCUGCCACUAAGAGCCAAACUUUGGGCACAGCUUUAUCUCCUUGGUGCUCAGAGCACCUGUGGAGGAGGUUGUCUCUCUCAGUAAAAUCCAAAUUUAUCUAUAGAUGUGUGCAAUAUUUACUGUUCUGGGUUGGAGAAAAUUGGAAAACACUGGGAAGAAAUGGCUUUCCUUCAGGUUCAGUGACAUUGAUGAGGGGUCCUCAGAAGGCCUCCAGUCUCUCAAACUGAAGGACAGAGGUAGAAUCAGCCGAUCACCCUCUCCUUAAUGAGGACCCCCCCCUUCCCCAUUUCUCUCGACCGCCAUGGCAUCCCAUUUCCUGGAUUUCUUAACUCCUCAGUUUCUACUCAAAGGUGCUAUUUACCAAACACUCUGCCCAGCCUGCUCUGACACCCCCAGCUUCCAGCUUCACAUAGCCUUCCCAGGCAGCUUCAUCUCUCUUGCUUUAAAGUUAACUCUGGGCCCACAGAUGCGAGCUGUGGGUUCAGACAAAGCUGUGAAUUGCAACUGAUGGUUCUUGUGUCUUGUCCCCAAACAAGUCCCUGCCUCUUUAGAAGCAGCCGCCUGGUCUCAUGCUGAGAUCUGUUCUUUCUUGUCGAUGUUCACUUUAAAAAUGACAAAACCCCCCAGAGCUGGACUGUUGAGCAGGCCUGUCUCUCUUAUUAAGUAAAAAUAAGUAAUAGUGGUAAGUUUGUAAGCUAUUCUGACAGAAAAGGCAAAGGUUACUAAUUGUAUAAUAGUGUUUUUAUAUGGAAGACUGUACAGCUUUAUGGACAUAUGUACACUUUUGUUUUUAAUAAAAAUGUAGCAGAUCA